CGACCACCUGAGGACAACUCGUUCAAACCGCUGGACGACCAGUCAAGCCAAAUCGCCAUCCCGCACCCCACGAUCCUCCUCCUUGGACCCACCGGCUCCGGCAAGAGCACCAUGGUCAAUCGCGUCUACGGCCAGCGCCUCGCGGACACCGGCGUGGGCAGGCCCGUCACUCAGUGCCUUCAGCUCUACGGGUCCCCCUCGUCGUGGGUGCGCCUCUACGACUACCCGGGCAUCGAGACCGAGAACGCCCAGCAAUGGAGGGACACGCUGGGUCGCCAGCUCAACGAGCUCCAGGGCGACGAGAACAAGCGCGUGCACGUCGUGUGGUACUUUGUCACCAUGGGUCCCAGCCGCUGGCAGGACAACGACGACCGCAACUGCCGCUUCCUCAAGAGGCGCCAGCUGCCGGUCAUCAUCGUUCUCUUGCACGCCGACAACAGCUCGUCGCAGGACAUCGCCGAGAUGAAGCGCACGAUCAAGCACUCGCUGGGCGCCGAGACGCCGGUCUUCAGCUCUUCCAUGGGGCUGCGCGCCCCCUCGGAGUGUCCCAGGUGCCAAAGCGACGAGCUCGCCACCAUCGCCAGGAGCCGCAUUUGGAGGUGCACCACGUGCGGCCACUCGGGUCCUUGGUCGCGGCUCAACCACGAGGUGCGCGGCCUCGAACAGGCCACCUACGACGAGCUGACCAAGAUCGACCCCAAUCUGGGCGACAUGCACGUCGCAGCUCAGGUGGUCGAUCUCAAGAGGAAGAUUCCCAUGUUGACUGGCAUCAUUCUCUCCGCCGCCAUCAGCGCCGGUGUCACUGGCGCGGCCGUCGUUGUGCCCUUGGUCGAGAUUCCCGCCAUCGCCGGCAUCCAGUCGGGCAUGCUGGUCUCGCUUGGUGUGGCCACCGGAGUGCCCCUCGAACGCUACCCGUGGCUGCUGGUCAGCUACGCCGGCAUGCAGCUGCUGACCGGCCUCGCCGCGCUCGGCCUGCCAGAGCUCCUCAAGUUCAUCCCCGGGCUCGGCACCGUCGCGGGCGGAGCCAUCAGCGCUAGCGUGGGGCCCGUGUUGACCGUGGCGAUGGGCGUCCUCUACAGCGUGGCCCUGUUCAAGGUGCGCCAGCAGAUGAACGACAACGAGGAGGGCGUCCUGUCGGAGGCCGCCGUCAAUCAGAUCAUGGCUUCGGUCGUCAGCACCCAGAACAUCAAGCGCCUCUUCGUAAAGGUUAAGAAUCUGAAUAGGGCAGAGUUCAAGCAGGAGCACAGAGGGAUCGUGGCCUCGCUCAUCGGCAUUGAAAUCGACCCCUGA